CGCACGUAGUCUACUUUCCUUACCACCUUCCUUUUACGGCUGGUACGCGUGGGAAAUCCGGCGUCUGGGAUGCAAUAAUGAUUUGCGUUUUCUUAACCAUCUUCGCGAACAUCUUCCAGACAGGAUGGACCGGGCCGAAUGAGAGGACCUUCAUCGCCAUCAAACCAGAUGGCGUGCAAAGAAAGCUGGUUGGCGAAAUCAUUGGCCGUUUUGAGAGGAAAGGCUUCCGUCUGGUGGCUCUUAAGUUCCUGCAGGCUUCUGAGGAGCAGCUUAUGGAGCAUUACAUUGACCUGAGGAACAAGCCCUUUUACGGCGGCCUGAUCAAAUAUAUGAGCUCUGGACCAAUCGUAGCUAUGGUAUGGCAAGGCUUGGAUGUCGUAAAGACUGCUCGCAAGAUGCUCGGAGAAACCAACCCUGCUGAUUCCAUGCCAGGAACUAUCCGAGGGGACUAUUGUGUUGAAGUGAGCAGGAACGUGAUCCAUGGCAGUGACUCUGUCGAGAGUGCACAGAAAGAGAUCGCUUUGUGGUUUCGCCAGCAUGAGCUGCUCUGUUGGGAGGACAACAGCGAUCGCUGGAUCUACGAGUAGCAUUUACAUACACACACACACACACACACACACACACGGACACACAGUCAUGACGAAAAAUAUUGAACCUUGAAGCGAACACAAUCAUAGCUUAUAUUGCCUUAUGGGACAGCUACUGUAGUAAGAAAUGUAGUCUACGCAGUUGUAACUUACUGAACAUGCAACGCUUCUGAUGCAACACCAGGAGUGACUUUAGAGUAGGACAAGUGUUAGAGUACUAGUAUUCAUUGCACACUCACAAGUUCACACACAAGAAUGUAAAUGUUAAAGUUUUUACAUGCAUGUAUUUCAAUGCCUCUGAAAUACUCAGUCAUAAUCCGUCCAGUCAGUGGAUAUAUAUUUUAUUACUAUUAUUUAUUGGCUGUAUGCAAAUGAUAGAAAAUUUAACUCACUGCAGUUAUGCAGCUGCAGUUAAUGUCUGCGAUUUACCAAAUGUGUGAGAUACUAAACUGAAUAUUUGAAACUUUUUCUAUUCUUAAUUAUGUCCCUCCUGCUCUCUUAAUAUCAAAGCUGUGUAAUCUAGAAAUGGUAUUCUAGGGAAAGCACGUGAUACAGGGCAAUAUGGCCGCCUGCUCCAUGACAGCCAGUUAUGAACAGACGGAUUCAUAGGGAUUGAUAUAAUCAGGGAUUAUAUCUAUUUCUAGUCAAGUGUUUUGUGAACGUGUCCCUGUAGGAUAUCGGAUGAAUGUACAGUAUGCACUGGGCUGUAUUGACAAGCAAUAAUUUAAAAUGUUUAAACUUGAAUGUGCUUCCUGCUCAGUUACCUAUGCCCUCCUGGGAGUAAGUGCACUGUUUGAUUCAGGCAACGUCUUACUUGUGGCUCAUGUCCGGUCGAAGUGUGAAGAGUGAAGUGUGUCUUCCCGAGUAGUGUGUCUUCCUCAGCAGCUCUCGUACUGAGAGCUUCAUGUUGACCAAACUGACAACUCUCACUUGGAAUAAAGGUGUGUGGAAAAAUG